GAUGCAAUCCCAGGGCACAAUGAGUGGAUCAUGCUCAUCUGACAGACCUGCUUUCUCCAACAACCCUGCGCACGCACGACCUGCUGCUCCUCUGUAAGUACUGCAGGUCACAGCAAUUACAACUUGUACAGUAGAUAAAAUGAAGAGUCAAGUGUCUCUGCUGGUUGAAAAGAUCAUCAGGACGCAUGAAUGAAAUAUAUUUCACGUUAUGGGGACAAGGAGAGAGAGAAUACAUUAUUGCUUUCGGAGGUUGCUGUCCUGGUGUAACUGUCAGAACAUAAUGGUGGCAUUUAAAGGGAUCUGGACCAAGGACUUCUGGAGGGCUGUGUCUGGAGAAUACCUAGCCACACUCAUCUUUGUCCUUCUUGGCCUGGGCUCCACCAUCAACUGGGCUGCAGGGAAGGAGAAGCCUCCGCCAGCUGACCUAGUCCUUAUCUCCCUGUGCUUUGGCCUUACUAUUGCCACUAUGGUGCAAUGCUUUGGCCACAUCAGUGGUGGACACAUUAACCCUGCAGUCACUGCAGCUAUGGUUGUAACUAGAAAACUGAGCCUGGCAAAGGCUGUGUUCUAUGUGGCAGCUCAGUGCCUGGGAGCUAUUACAGGAGCUGGGAUUCUCUACUUAGUCACACCUACUGCUGCCAGAGGGUCCUUUGGUGUGACCACAGUGAAUCCCACCAUAUCCGUGGGACACGGCUUUCUUGUGGAGCUCCUGAUCACAUUUGAACUGGUUUUUACCGUCUUCGCCACCUGUGAUCCCAAACGCACAGACUUAGGUGGUUCUGCAAGCCUGGCUAUUGGUAUUGCUGUAGUGAUAGGGCACUUAUUUGCAAUCCCAUACACAGGAGCCAGCAUGAACCCUGCCCGUUCUUUUGGUCCUGCAAUGGUCACACUUAACUUCGAGAACCAUUGGGUCUACUGGGUGGGACCUAUUAUCGGAGGUAUCUUGGCUGCUGGUUUGUAUGAGUACCUGUACUGCCCCGACCCUGAGAUAAAGAAGAGGAUGAAACAAGUCUUCAAGAAGGACCCAACGGGGAAAUACAGGGAAGUGGAGGCAGGGGACAUUGCCGUCAAGCCCGGCUCCAUCCAUAACAUCAACGUGGAGAAAGCUGAUGUUAUGUUAACAGGAGAAGUAUGACUAUCACGUGCACUGGA